AUAACCCAUGUCGUCAUGCUUUCCCACAAUCCUUUGUGAAACAAUUUAACAAAAACGUAGUCGCGAGAAAGCUUGUAACUUAAUCAGUCGGUGAACCGGAACGACAGAAAGCCUAGAGUGCACUUAACUCAUUCCGUGGUACGGUAGCCAAGCCGACAAUCCGCCGCGCUCCUGCCUGGCAUCGCUACGGUAACGCCCCAUCGCCAGGGCCACGGCUUCUAGCCCUGAACACUUGAAAUAUUUUCGCCCAGAAGAAAAUUGGUGUGUGGAUGGACGGACCAUGCCUUUUUGCUUCCCAUGGAAACGUUUCCAUCGUUACGACUCGGGUAGUGAGUUAGGUUAACAGGUGUGCGCGGCUGCGGUCAGGACGUGGGAGAGGGCGCGACACGGUAGACGGUAACAUCGAUUUCUCAACACCGGCUGGACGGACCGGCGAAUAUUAAGAUCUACUGACCCGGGGAACAUGAUAAGUAUUGGCCAGCUAAUCCAGCCCGUCAACCCACACUAAUUACCGCUAACCGGGCAACAAAGGGCAUCCGCUGAUCGGCGCCAAGAUGGACUAGUUUCCACCAGGCCUUGGUCAGAUCCUUCCUUCUCUCCCGACUAAUUCUACUGGCAAAUAAUUUACGUUAUUUGGACUGAUUGCUACCAUCCGCACCAACUUGGUGAGGUCUGGUGGAGACAGAAUGGACACAGUUGUGGGUCUGGGCAGGGACCCCGCCCGCCCUCUGACCAGGGGCCGCUCGUGCAUGCGCCAGGGUAUCUUCGUAUGGAACCACGAUCUGCUGAAAAUCAACACGGAAGACGAGACGGGGUUUUCAAUCCGCGGGCAGCCGCUCACACUACACCAGCCCAAGAAGCAGGAAGAUAACAGUGUGGAGGUCUUUAACCACCUUGAUCAGCAGAAACCGAAAAACCUAUCAAACCUCAGCAUCGUUGAACCGAAUUCUGAGCAGAGCAAUCCCAACAUAACAUUAGAGCCAAUAGAGACACAGAACGCCAAGACAGAGGAUUUAGAUGUGCGCAUAGAAUUCCUGACGUCCGUCAUCUCCAAGUUCAGACUACAGAAGAGAAAGGGCUGUCUCCAUCAGUUCGACUGGACGGCUGACCAAGGCCAGGGACAGCCGCGGUGCUCUCGCUGUGGGAAGUUGAUGAGAACGGCACCCCGUCUGCCCGAGGUUCGUGACAAACUCACAAAACAAAGGAAAGACAGAGUUAAUAUUGAUGAGACCAGUAUUCCGAAUCGAUUAAAGGGGAAGCUGCUGUUCAUCCGAGACGACGGAAUACCACCAAAAACCGGGAAAGGAAAUAAAAGACGGAAAGCAAAGAAGGUAAAACAAACUAAGAACACCUUUCCCGUAACUCCCACUGGAGAGUCUGUUCCAAAGACACCAAGUAUGAUAAUCCAAGAGGUGGAAGAAACUAAUGAAGACAUAUACAAGGAGGAAAGGCCGACAGGACCCAGGCGCGUGCUGGUUCGGUUCAGCAGCAAGCGGACAGUCAGGACGUUCGUGCCGGAUGCGCCCGUAUCUGGGGCGGUUCGCAUUGUGACCAGAGACGCCUCGUGAAGUGUGUAUCAGAAGGCAUCGAUCACCUUAGAUGUGACACAGGGAAUUCGGGAUCUGCAACAAUUCUUAGAGUUGUCAUGACAAGAAUAAAGGUACCGCGAUAAGGAAUGAAUAGUGGUUAUGGAGAUCACCUGCAGCCAGUGACAUGUUUCCAAUCUUAAGUGGCCACUUUAUGCUUCAUGUCGUCGGUUUGUUGCAUUUAAAACAUGUAUAUGUCACAGUCCAUCUCUAUAAAAGUUACGGUAUCACGCUACUUGAAUAACGUUAAUGUUUUAUUCUAUAGGAAGGGUUACUAGUAGAUUGUGUUGCAAAUGUCGUUAUCUCCGGAAUCAAAGUCUGAAGUAGUGUUUGCAAAUACAUGAGCUGCUUAGAAACGGAGAGAAGAAGAAAAACCUUCUCCAGGCCACCUGUGUCGAUAUUGUUCAAUGAAACAGACCUGGUGUAUGGUAGCCAAGUGUCCCAACAAUGUAAGGUACACCUGUUAACGUCUUGUUUCAUAGUAGAUCGGUAUCUAGAAACUACGUUUUUACGCACAGAUUAAGUUCUUUUUCGCUUCUAUUUCCACCAAGUAUUACGGACCAGUCUGUCAG